AUGUAAGUAAGUUACAAUAAAGUACUUCCCCUUGAGCAAAAAAGACAGGAUGAAUGGAAUGUAUAAAGGGCUUUUACUAUGGGAUGAGAGAUGUUCUGAGACUCCAUGGAACAAGCUAAGACCUCCGAUGGAGGCCACCAAGUUCAGCACAGGAAGAAGUGUGUCCAAAGAAAGUCUCUGGAGAUGGUAAGUUCCCCAGGACUGGUGUGGGGGGAAGGCAAAGGUAAUCACAGUUGAUAUUUGGAAAAUACCAGCUCUGUGCUUUGCUAUAAAAGGCAUCCCAAAUAAUGCUACUCCUAGGAAGUAAUUCAUUUUAUUGUGCCCGUAUGUAAGUGAGGAGUGUGAGGCUGAGUGUGGGUGGCUUGCUUUGCUCAUGGCUAAGUCAGAACCGUGACAUGGGCCUUCUUUGGUUUAGGCUGGAGAUGUGGCACCCUAGGACCUGCACAGCAGGUAAGGCUAGCACUAGCUCCUUUGCAGGGCCCGUCUGACCUGGAGUGGUUCUGUCUUUCCCUGAAGCAGGACCCUAGUCACUAGCUCCAGUAGUACAUUAGAACCAGAGCCAGGCAGAGGUGGUGCUGACCAGAGGAGAGUGGAACAACAUAACAAUCCAGCCCAAAAGAUCUGUCCUUAAAUCCUCCUAGAUAGGCUUGUAAAAGGAAAGGGUUGGACCUGACAGUGAAGAUUAGUGGCCACAAGGUGGCAGCAGAGCUUCAGCUGUGGCUUCCCAUUCCCCGGUUCUCUAGGAAAGACCGGCAGGUGGACGGAAUUUACCAGCCACCUAUACUCAGUAAGACUCCAAAAACCUGUAUCAUCUCACUUUACCGUCCAUAGGUAAAUCUUAAAAGUAGGGAUUCCUCAUUUAACCUCUUAAGGAGGAGUGGGGGGAUUGGAAUGGGCUUCGAUCCUGACUGCCCAUCUUGGGCAUGGGGAGGGACCAAGCUGGGUCAUCAUCCUAGCCUACUCUUAACCCUAGUUCCUUCCCAUCUAGGAAAUAACACUCAAUCCUGACAGGAGUUUCUCCAGUCAGGACCAAGAGUUGAUCAAUUGAAGCUCUCCAACCUGUUGAAGGAUUAGGAGUUCUUAUAAGACUCCCCCAGGGCCUAGCUCUGACAAACCAUCUGCAAUUAAUGAUGCUUCCUGAGCUCUGGAGACAGGAUUUAUGCAUCUAAUAAAGUCUAUAACUCCAGGCUUAGGCUGGGGGUAGGAAGCUGAGAGCAGAAAGUCCCCAGGGGGGUAUGGGAGGGGGUCCCAGGUGGCUCUUAAAUAGAGCCAUGCAUUUCUAUUGCCUGUCUAGAUUUCCCCUCAGGCUGCUGCCGAGGUGGGGGGUGGGGACAGCAGGUAUAAGAGGAUGGUGUGCCAGUGGGGAGGUGGAUGGCAGCAUGGACUCCAAGCGGGCUGCUGUGCUGCUGCUGCUGCUGCUGCUGCUGCUGGACUGGGGCCACACUCAAGAACCAGGGAGCCAGGACGGAGACCAAGUCUUUGCAGAAGAAGAUGGGGGACCUCACCCAGCACAGUAUACCCAGACUCCUGGGUCCCUCUUGCGUUUUCUGCUCCAGGCCAUGGAGAGACCUGGCAGGAGCCCAGCCUUCCUAUUUCAUCCCCAAAGGUUUGGCCGAAAUGCCUGGGGGUCCUGGAGCAAAGAGCAGCUAAGUCCCCGGGCUAGAGAGUUCUGGAGCUUGGCUGCCCCUCAGCGCUUUGGGAAGAAGUAACAGCAUCAUCCCCUGUGAUGUCU